GUGAGUUCAAAUCUGCUAAGGACUACAACAGUAGACAGAAGCCAAGAAAGAUGCCUUGGUUGUUCCUGUGGCAAACCAGUUCAAGCGAAAUGAAAGACAAAAGCCAGGAGGUUGGAGAAGGCAAGGAUCACAAAAAAAAGAGCAAGGCUUUGGGUGUGGAACUGAAGAACUACUUUUUGUCUAUUGUGCCACACAUAGAAUCACCUGACAUCAAAUAUUCCACCUCCAAAGAUGUAAUGCUUCCAGCAGAAGAGGUUACAAAGUGGUCGCAGUCCUUAGAGAAGCUUCUGGCAACCCAGUGUGGUCAAGAUGCUUUCAGAGAAUUUCUAAAAUCCGAGUUCAGUGAUGAAAACAUUGAGUUUUGGCUAGCUUGUGAAGACUACAAGAAAACCCAAGCUGAUUGUUUACAUGGCAAAGCAGAGAAGAUUUACAAGGAGUUUGUUCAGAAUGAUGCUACAAAGCAAGUCAACAUUGACUUUUACACAAGAAAAGACAUUGCCAAGAAGGCUCAAGAUCCAACACCUUCAAGCUUCGAUGAGGCCCAGAGGCAUGUGUACAUACUGAUGGAGCGAGACUCCUACCCUCGAUUCCUCAAGUCCACAUUCUAUCGCAACCUGCUGGAUAAGGUUGACUGCAACAGUCUCAAGUGAGGAUCCACCUGGCAAGAGUCAAGGAUGGGCUCUGAAUCUUGUCUGAUGUUGACAUCAGUUUUAAGAGUGGCUGGAUACCAGCGCACAAGAUGGAACAGGGGACCAAAGGAGCUGUUGGAACUGUCACAAACAUGGACUGGUUUGCAUGUGCGAUGAAGGUGGCUGGGUGGUUCUCUCUGAGAUGAAGUGUUUGAAAAGAAGAGAAGUCAUUUUUGCCUUGGCACCACUGGACUAAAGACCGCUUCCUGUGUUAGAAUUUUCUCCUUUGGGAAUGGCACUGCAAGUGAGCCUUGGUGCAGAUGUCAUUAUAAGGGAAGGACAUAAUUCUCAUUACUUAACAGUGAUCACUUGCAGCUAGAUGUAUGAACUGACUCCCCUGAAAGGCAUUACCAGUGCAGCAUUGCGAGUUGAUAUGAAAAGCUUCUCUCUUUCUCUCUCAUAGUCCAUGCACACCCAUGCAAAUAACUCUUUGAUGCUUUAUUCAUGUGUGCACAAGACCCAAAGGAACCAACAGCCCCAGGCAUAGACUUCAGCAUGUGACAGAAUUGGGUGCUAUCCUGGCCAUCUGCACUGAAAACAGAUAUCUGAGAGCAGCCUAAGAUAAGCCUGUCUAGUGUAUCUACACAAGCAUUUCAGUUUGUGAUUUUGAACAAUAUCCCCUCCUCCUCCCCAGCGCUGUUCUGGGAUUCCCCUGACACCCCCAGAGCCAUUUUUGGGGGAGGUGAAGGAGGAGAAAGGGAAAAGCUCCACUGCUCGGGUAGAAGUCCUUUGGUGAAUCCUAUCAAAAAUGUUUUGGAAUUGCAAAACCUUAAUUACCAAAACAAAAAUUUAAAAAUGCCUUCGCUGCCCCAAAUGUAAUCCAUCAGAUAUAGAGCACAUUAAGAUGUUUGUGGCUUUAUGACAUUGAGUGCACUGUAUGUUGUUGCUUGAAUCCCAAUAGAUUGGAAUCCCAUUUCCAGUGGAUAUAAGCUAGAGUGAGCAUAAAUUAUAUUUUAGUAGUUGCUAACAUAAGAUAGUCAUAUUUAAUUUAUUGUAAAUGAAUGGCAAGUGACCACUAAUUUAAAACUAUAUAACAAGCCUACCUCACAGGUUUGUUGUGAGGAUAACAUGGGAGAGAAGACGUGGAAAAUAAAUACUAUUUGUUUUUAAAAAUGGGAAGAGAAACGUGUACUCUUUGGAGGAAAGGAGAG